UUGAACUUUGAUAGAGGAGUAUUACUGCUUAGCACACACCGACUAAUCUGGAGGGAUCAGAAGAAUCAUGAGUGCUGCAUUGCUAUACCCCUGUCUCAGAUUGUCUUCAUUGAAGAGCAAGCAGCUGGGAUAGGAAAAAGCGCCAAAAUAGUAGUUCAUCUUCAUCCUGCUGCUUCAAACAAAGAGCCUGGUCCAUUCCAAAGCAGCAAAUACUCCUACAUCAAACUUUCUUUCAAAGAACAUGGUCAGAUUGAGUUCUAUAGACGAUUAUCAGAAGAAAUCACACAAAGGAGAUGGGAGAACAUGCCUACUGGUCAGACUAUUCAAGUUAAUAAGGAUCCACAAGCAGGAAGAAUAAGGGCUGUAGGAAUUGUAGGGAUCGAAAGGAAGUUAGAGGAAAAAAGAAAAGAGACUGACAAAAACAUUUCCGAGGCUUUUGAGGACCUUAGCAAACUAAUGGAGAAGGCUAAGGAAAUGGUGGAGUUGUCCAAGUCAAUAGCUAAUAAGAUUAAAGAAAAACAAGGUGACAUCACUGAGGAUGAGACUAUUAGGUUCAAGUCCUACCUACUGAGUAUGGGAAUAGCUAAUCCAGUUACUAGGGAAACACAUGGAUCUGGUACACAUUACCACAUGCAGCUGGCGAAGCAACUAGCUGGAAUCCUGCAGACACCAUUAGAGGAGCGAGGAGGGAUCGUGUCACUUACUGAAGUGUACUGUCUGGUAAAUCGCGCACGAGGAUUAGAGUUGCUGUCGCCAGAGGAUUUAGUAAAUGCUUGUAAGAUGCUGGAGUUGCUGAAAUUACCACUAAGGCUUCGGAUAUUUGACAGUGGUGUGAUGGUGAUUGAACUCCAGUCUCAUAACGAAGAGGAAAUGGUAGCUUCUGCUUUAGAGACAGUAUCUGAAAAGGGUUCUCUCACAGCUGAUGAGUUUGCUAAGCUGGUGGGGAUGUCUGUUCUCUUAGCCAAAGAAAGGCUGCUUCUUGCUGAAAAGAUGGGCCAUCUUUGCAGAGAUGAUUCAGUGGAAGGCUUGAGAUUCUACCCAAAUUUAUUUCUAACACAAAGCUAAUGUAGUUUGUGUACAAUUUGUUAUGUAACACUUGAACAAAACAGUAGAGGAUGGAACCCUUCCAAACAACUGACUUUAAAGUUUUUAUUUUGUCGGCUGAAACAGUGAUGAACAUUUCAAUGCUUUACAGUUCUCAGGUAUUUGAAAUGCUGAAUCUUCUUAGGUGGAACUGAAAGGAAAUAGGAGUAGCUAAGUCAGAAGC